GCGACGAGGAAGGCGGGGCGAUGCCCUGCGGGGCGAACAUUCUGGGGAGGUUUCUGUUGACAUGAAGCAUUCCGCGGGCUAGACAUGGAAGGGGCUGUUGCGCUGCUUGUGGCCUUUGUGGCGCUCGGACUCGCGCCUACUUGUACAGGGUUAAUAUGUUUGGAGCAACCGUACAACAUCACUGUCCACAUUAUUAAUGCAAAUAUCAUUCUGAAAUGGAACUGGGAUAAUCCAUGUGGUCUUAAUGUAACCUUUUCAGCUUGUUACGAAGAAUUACAAGAAGAUGGGGAAAAGGCUAUAUCAGAGUGUCAGAAUGUAACUAUCACAGAAUGUGACAUCUCAUCAACAAUAAUAAAUUAUCUUCAUGAACAUAUUGUCAGCGUAAGAGUAAACACCGCAAAAAAUCAUUCUUCUUGGGCCUCUUUAAAAUUUUGGCCUAGUAUAGAAGCUCAGAUUGGUCCUCCAGAAGUGUGGCUUGAGUCAAUAAAUGGAAAUGAGAAGCUCAUCAUUUUGCAUCCUGAAACAAACCAGCCAAAGCAAAUGUGGAAGGGUGAAUCUUUAACAUAUAAACUGGCUAUUUGGAAAAACUCAUCUCAUCCUAAGGAAAAAACUCAGGAUGUUCUUCCUGGACAGUUUCUUCAUGAUCUUGAGCCAGAAACUGUUUAUUGUCUGAAGGUCAAAGCACAUCUGUAUGGUCAUAUUGGGUUAUAUAGUCCAGUAUACUGUAAACAAACACCUAAAGCUUGGGUUGGUCUGCCUGUUCCUGAAAAUGUUCACAUUCAUGCCUUGAAUAUGAAGUGCCGCUUGUACUGGGAUGGUGUAUAUGAUGGAAAUGUGAGCUUCCUUGUACAGAGCCUGCCUCGCUACAAAGCACGGAUGUCUCAUGAUAUCUCACAGCAAUGGCACAAAGUAACUGGAUGCAAAAAUAUCAGAACCACAUACUGUGAUCUCCCAUCUUGUGGCAACUUCAUAGGAGUUUAUUAUUUUCAUGUACAGGCUGUGCAUAACCAUAACAAAUCACCUUGGUCUAAAAUGCUGCAAUUUGAAUCAAUAGAAGAAAAUGAAAUUGGCCCACCAAGUGUCAAGCUUAAUGUCAGUGAAGAUUCGCUUACAGUUUUCGUUGCUUCUCCUGGAGAAUCUGAUUAUAAACCUAUGAGUGAGUUCUAUGACUUGACUUACCACGUUUGGUACUGGCCAAAUUCUUCCUAUACCAAGAAGAAAGAACUUGGAGAUACAACAUCACCACCAUAUGUAAUAUCAAACUUGACACCAUCAACUUUAUAUUGCCUUCAAGUGCAAGCUUUUAGUAAACUAUACAAUAAAAGCAGCAAGUUUAGCAACGUGACAUGCAUUGAAACAGCCAAAGGAGGAUCUACACAUUCAACCAUUUUUAUAGUAUUCAUAGUUACUCUGGCUGUUGUCUUGUUAAUGACAGGUCUGAUCUGUUGUGUAUGGAGGCAGAUCAAAUAUGCAUUCUUUCCAAAAUGCAAUCCUCCUGUGAACAUAGAGAGCAUUGAAGGAAAACGUUCGAGCAGUUCCUAUUUACUAACUUCAGAAAAGCCAACAGAAGACUCUGUUGUCAUAGUUGACAGUAUCAUUCCAGAUGAAGCCACAAAAGACUGCAAAGAAUUGAAAGAUGUCAGACGAGAUUCAGGAAACUAUUCCACUGAAGAUGACAUCUCUGAAAAUAACAACUGCUACAAAACUCCCGAAAUGAAACCAGUAUGACUUUGUGGAGGAAGGCCUGAAGCCACAAGAUGAGAGCAGCAUAAUGGAGACCAGAGACUUUUUGUAUAAACACACACACACACAAGCAAGGGGGGCUAGAAAUGGAUACCAAAUGCUUUCAGCCUUUUCUUUAGCUACUGGAGUUCUGCUAGGAAGAGGAGAAGAAAUCUUACAUGAUUCCAUAAAGCAUCAUGAAAAAUGUUUACAUUAUUUUACUUGGAAGUUGGUGCUUAAAUGUAUGUCUGGGCACCAUAUACUGUGCUUGUACACAAAGAGCUUCCUGAGAACAGUAAAUUUAGGUUAGUGGAGAUGUACAGUUAUUACAGUAGUAGUAGGCAUCCUUCAGUCUCGAGAGACUAUGGUAUCGUGCUCUGUAUGGAGGUCUUGGAACAGCGUCUA